AUGUUGAGUCAGCCGGCGAAGCUCUUGUUGAAAACGAGUUUCUUGAAGAGCUCAUAUAGACCAGCUCUCACUGGGGCAUCACGCGCAUUCGCUCCCAAAAAAGCAAGCCUAAAUCAACCCAUCAGGUUUGCCUCAUCGAAACAGGGCAACUCAGCAGACAAGAAGAAAGAUGAGAAACCAGAGUCGAUCUUGAACGACGACAUGCUUGCAAGAGCAGGGUUUGAAGAUGUGGAUCCCAAGCAGCAAUCGGUAGCCAAGGAAGAUGGCGAAUCGGAGUCAUUGGGUGAUGAGGACGACAAGAACGCCGCUGGUUCAGGCCCACAGGGUUCGAGAAAGAGAAGGAGGGCGCAGACUUCAAAAGAUAGACAACGUGAGAGAUACGCCAACAUCUUCUAUAUGACCACUUUUGCAGGUGCGCUUUUGGGAUUAGGUUACAUGAGUAGAGACUGGGAUUCUGGAAAGGAACAAGAAGAUUUGGAUGGGAAAAAUAUUGCCAAUGGCUAUACACCAGGGUUGAUGUAUGAGAGAUUGAGCAAAAGAUUGGGAUCGCUCUUUACAUUCUUUUCGGAACCUGCAUUUGAAAAUUUGUUGCCUCCACCAGCUCCAGAACAGUAUCGCCGCCCUUUGACCUUGGUUUUGACCUUGGACGACUUGUUGAUCCACUCGGACUGGGACACUCAGCAUGGUUGGAGAACAGGCAAGAGACCAGGCUUGGACUAUUUCUUGGGCUACUUGUCCCAAUACUAUGAAAUUGUCUUGUUUUGCACCAAUUCGCAAUUUUACUCGGAAAAAGCAGUUGGUAAAUUAGAUCCAUUCCACGCUUACAUUUCAUAUGCUUUGUUUAGAGAAGGAUGCCGUUACAAGGACGGUAAAAUCAUCAAGGACUUGUCAUUGUUGAAUAGAGACUUGGGCAAAACCGUGUUGAUUGACGUUGAUGAAGACUCAGCUUCGUUGCAGCCAGAGAAUGCAAUCAUUGUUGAAAAAUGGGACGGCAGGCCAGAUGACUAUUUGAUCCGCAUGAUUCCAUUUUUGGAAUACCUCGCUACUCAACCAGUUAAGGACGUGCGUCCGAUCCUCAAUUCCUUCCAAGAUAAAUCCAACAUUGUUGAUGAAUUCACUGAACGUGAAAAGAAGUUGAGACAGCAAUGGGCCAAGGACCACAAGAACUCGGGCCAACCCAAUGCAGGUACCUUCCUUGCCAAGUUUCUCGGUAUGCCCGUUCCCGAACAGAAAAUGCCUCUCGAUAUCAUCAGAGAACAUGGUCAAUUGCAGUAUCAGCACUUUCAAAAAUACUUGCAGGAGAACGCUGCCAAGUUUUUAGAAGAAGAGCAGAAAUUGAAAAACGAGUUUGGUAAAAUGACCUUGAACAAGUUGAUCACGGAGGGCGCUCCAAACCCUGAAGAAAUUGCAAAAGUUCAGCAGCAAAGAGCCGCUGAGGAAGCCGAGAAGCUGCGAGAAGAAGAAGCUGCUGCUGCUGCUGGUAAAAAAUAA